AUGAGCCACGACGGUGACGAGGGGGACGGCGAGGACGACGAAGAUGAUGAGGAUGAUGAUGACGAGGAGGACGAGGACGACGACUCCACCCCUGAUGCGUCGCCGAGGGCGGAGGUGAAGACGGAGGGCGACGGCUCGGCCGGGAUGGCGCAGUGUGCCAGCCAGCAGCCGGUGGAGCCCGACCCUUUCCUCGAGGGUCACGACUCCGGGACGGAGGAGGAGCAGGCGGCGUUCAUGUCUGAGCUGGAGCGCUUCCACAGGGAGCACAGCCUCGAGUUCAAGCCGCCCAAGUUUUACGGCAAGGGCCUCAACUGCCUCAAGUUGUGGAGGCAGGUCGCUCACCUGGGAGGCCAUGAGCAGGUAACAGUUUGUAAACUAUGGCGUCAAGUUGGAGAGACUUUCAGGCCACCAAAGACCUGCACUACGGUGUCUUGGUCAUUUCGAAUUUUCUAUGAGAAGGCACUUCUUGAAUAUGAAAAACACAAAGUACGAACUGGCCAGCUUAAAAUAUCGAUACCUGCUAUACCACAACCUGGUGGUACAAACCGUGAGAGUGAGGCUAACAGAACUCAAAACAAACUUCGCAGCUACACAAUCACAGAAAAUAUGGGUGUAAAUCCAUCAUCUUCUGCAAGAAUUAGAAGGGAUGCUGCAGCACGUGCUAUGCAGGGUUGGCAUGCGCACCGUCUCCUUGCCAAUGACAUGUAUGGAGAUCACAUUUUUAAGGACAAAGACUCAAUACCCCUUUCAAGUCGUGAUAAGAAUCUGAAAGGCUUUGGGGUACUCAAGAGGAAGAAAGCAUCUAGUCCAGAGCGUGCUUUCAAGGUCUCCCGUACAAAAGUGAACAAGGAAGAUUCUAUGGUCAUUGAUGUUGGAGAACCUGCCGAUUGGGUGAAGAUUAAUGUUCGUCAAACUAAAGAAUGCUUUGAGAUAUAUGCGCUAGUUCCUGGGCUUCUAAGGGAAGAGGUGCAUGUUCAGUCUGAUCCUGCUGGACGCCUGGUUAUAACUGGGGACCCUGACCAGCCUGAUAACCCUUGGGGCAUCACUGCAUUCAAGAAGGUGAUCAACUUGCCUUUAAGGAUUGAUCCGCAUCAAACAUCAGCAGUUGUCACGCUUCAUGGCCAGCUAUUUGUGCGUGCCCCAUUUGGGCACCCGGACAUGUAG